AUGACGCAAUGCCAGACAUUGAUGGCAUUCCUCUGCCUUCUGUUUCCAUUGCUGGUUACAUCAAGUCAAAAUUGGCAGGAUAGUUUUGAAGACACUGCUGAGGAAUCUUCUCCUGAUGAAGAAGCAAUCAUGGAGCGACGUUGGCAGCUGGGCUAUGAAAACUGGCGUCUUCGCUGCGAGAAAUUUGAAGCGGAGGAUAACCAGACAUCUCCUAUAAACACUCGAAUAGCUGGCGGAGAACUGGCUACACGUGGCAUGUUUCCACAUCAAGUGGGUCUGGUUAUUCAGCUGAGUGGUAGCGAUCAGGUACUGUGUGGUGGUUCGCUCAUCACCCUUCAAUUUGUUUUGACUGCAGCCCAUUGUUUGACCGAUGGCAUUGGGGCAAAGAUUUACUUGGGUGCCACAAGAUUCGCCGAUAUGCAAGAUACCGCCCAAGAGUUUGUGGUCACUCAUCGAGAUUUCAUCGUUCAUCCUGGAUACUUGGGGUUCGGGGGAUACAAUGAUUUGGCUUUGAUACGACUGCCUCGGAAAGUCGCAACCUCGGAUAGAGUGCAACCUAUUGAGCUCGCUGGCGAGUUUAUGCAUCGAAACUUUCUCGAGGGUCAAGUGGUGACCCUUUCGGGUUGGGGCAGCUUGGGAGAUGCGGCGGGGAAUGACACCCGACUUCUUCAGUACUUGGAUGUGGAGGUGAUCUUCCAGGAACGCUGCAUCUGCUACUUCUUGCCAGGAUUGGUUAGCCAGCGACGUCACCUGUGCACCGAUGGACGAGACAGACGGGGUGCAUGCAACGGCGAUUCCGGUGGGCCAUUGGUUUACCAAUGGCGCAAUGACAGCUACCUGAUCGGGGUCACCUCGUUCGGCAGCGCCGAGGGUUGCGAGCUAAUCGUCUUUAAUUGGCCCUCUGAAUUGGCUAUUAACCGCAGCGAUGUGGUCAGUCAAACGCGUCAUCAAAUCACGCGGCAAUCGUUGAUAAAGAACGGCUGCGUUCCCUGCACUGAACACGCAACAAUCACCGAGAUGAAGUUCCUGAUCAUCCUUGCCUUGGCCGUGGCCGCCUCCGCCCUUCCGGAGCCGGAGCUGCGUCACCGCAGCCGUGAGAUGCCCGUGGUGGGCAGCAUCGAGGGCCGCAUCACCGGAGGAGCCAACGCCGCCGUCGGCCAGUUCCCCUACCAGGUGGGACUCUCCCUGAAGCUGAGCGCUCUGUCCAGCGCCUGGUGCGGUGGCUCCUUGAUCGGCAGCCAGUGGGUGCUGACUGCUGCUCACUGUACCGAGGGAGUUCAGUCCGUGACCGUCUACCUGGGCGCCACCGUGCGUACCUCCGCUGAGGUUACCCAGACCAUCGCCAGCUCCAAAAUCAUCAUCCACAGCGGCUGGAACAGCGCCAAGCUGCUCAACGACAUCUCCCUGAUCCAGAUCGCCGCCGUGGCCAGCAGCAGCAGGAUUAGCGCCGUCAAGCUGCCCUCCAUCGCCAGCUCCUACUCGACUUACACCGGUGAGACCGUGGUCGCCUCCGGAUGGGGCCGCACCAGCGACACCGCCAGCUCCGUUGCCACCAACCUGCAGUACGUCGACCUGACUGUCAUCACCAACGCCGUGUGCGCCAACACCUACGGCACCUCGAUCGUGACCAGCUCCAACAUUUGCGUUGCCACCCCCAACGGCCAGUCCACCUGCAACGGUGACUCCGGCGGUCCUCUGGUCCUCAAGAGCACCACCACCCAGGUCGGUCUGACCUCCUUCGGUGCCGCUGCCGGUUGCGAGAAGGGAUACCCCGCUGCCUUCACCCGUCUGACCAGCUACCUGGAUUGGAUCAAGUCCAACACUGGCAUCUCCUACUAAGGAGUGGUCCGGGACUAACAUUUCGCACAAAAAUAAAAUGAAUUCUAACGAA